UCAACAGCGAAGAAGAGCCGUGGCCAAGUAGCACGUUAGUCAGUGCCUACCGCUCACACUUGGUAAUUGUUCCACCACUUGUAAGCAGCUGGUUUUCUUUACGUGGAAGAUGAACGGUUUAAACGAAGAACCAAUGGCACCACAAACCUUUCUUUAUGGUUGUGUGUUGGAAGCUGGGAAGGAGGUGGUUUUCAAUCCCGAGGAUGAUGAGUUGGAGCAUCAGCUAGACUUGAGGAUGGCCUGUGUGGACCCCAGUACAAAAGAUGAACUUCACAUGGUGGAGGUGGAGGGACAGGAUGCAGAGGGUCAGAAAAUCAAGGCAGCACUAGUUUCCCUCAAGCCUUCUACUCUGCCAAGUGUGUGUCUUGGUGGAUUCACGAUCACACCUCCAGCAGUUUUUCGUUUGAAAACAGGUUCAGGUCCGAUCCACAUCAGUGGACAACACCUUGUCAUGAUGGAAGCCGACCAGUCUUUUGAUGAAGAUGACGAAGAAGAAGAAGAGGAGGAGGAGGAAGAGGAGGAAAAAAUUACAAGCUCAAAGAAAAGACCUGCUCCAUCCCCUGCCCCAAAAUCUCAGAAAAAAAUGAAAACGGAAGUUGAGGAGGAUGAGGAUGAUGACGAGGAGGAUGAUGAUGAGGAGGAUGAUGAGGAAGAGGAUGAUGAAGAUGAAGAAAGCGAGGCAGAAGAAUCACCUGUUAAAACCAAACCAACACCAGCCAAACAGAAAGCCCCGGCUCAGAAUGGCAAGAGCUCUGCACCCAGCACCCCAGCCAAGAAACAGGAAAAGACCCCUAAAGGGAAGGGUGAGAAGUCACCUAAAAGCCCAGCACCCAAAGGACCUUUAACACUUCCUGAGAUUAAAGCCAAGAUGAUGGAAGCGGUGAAGAAGGGGAUAACAUUACCUAAAGCCCAGCCCAAAUUUGAGAACUUUGUGAAGCAUGGUCAUAAGGUGUCAGACCCCAAGAUUAUUGCUGAGCUGUGGAUGUGGAGGCAGACACUGAAGGAAGAAAAAUAACUGACUCUAUUCUUUUAAACUGUGUUAUAACUUGUUCCUACCCAUAGCGCCUCUCAAACCCUCAAAAAGCUGAGCUCUGUGCCUCUCACUUUCCUUUUAAAUCAUUCUCAACCCAACUGCCCUCCUGGAAGAGAUGGUGGUAGUACACUGUUGGUAAACAUCUUUCCACCUCGAUUACCCACUCAUCUGGGUAAAGUAAUGAUUUGGUUUGUUCAAUAAACCUUAGUAGAGCAUAAGGUACAUUUUGUUUUGAAUUGUUGGCAUCAGACUUUUUUUUUUUUUUUAACAUUUUUUUUUUGCUUAAUUUCUACUUUUACUUUUGACUUGACCUAAUUCUCAAUAACAGAUUUGCAUUCAUGACAUAAUACAAAGCACAUGCAAAACUUUUAACUCCAUCUCAACAAAACUUGAACCGCAAAAUCCUUUUUACACUGUUUGGCCAAAAAAGGAAAGAGACCACACAAAGAUUUUGUUGGACUACCUUUAGCUAGAAUUAUGGCACACAUUUGGUGUAGUAUUGUUUAAA